CGCGGGGACGCCCCCCUCCCGGUCCAACGUGCUGCCGGGGAAGCGGCGCGGGGCCGGCGGCGCUUGGUCAACCUCGCGGGGCGCGCGGCGGCCUCCGGGGCAUCCGAGAGGAGCUGCCACGUGGGCGGCGGGGCCGGUGGCUGCGUCCCGGGGUUGGCCUCGAGGGGCGGGAGGAGCGUGGCUUGCGGCCGGGCCGGUGACCAGCCGUGUCUCCCUGGGUCCGUUCUGCAGCGGGGCUGCAGGGCACCAGCGAGCGCUAAUCCUAAGCCGGUAACCCAGCAUGAGUGAAUUUCCCUGUAAAAAACGUGAUGACUAUUUGGAAUGGCCUGAGUAUUUCAUGGCAGUGGCCUUCUUAUCGGCACAGAGGAGCAAAGAUCCAAACUCCCAGGUCGGAGCCUGCAUCGUGAAUGCAGAAAACAAGAUUGUGGGCAUUGGGUACAAUGGAAUGCCAAAUGGAUGCAGCGAUGACCUCUUGCCUUGGAGGAGGACAGCGGAGAGUAUACUGGAUACCAAAUACCCUUACGUGUGCCACGCCGAGCUGAAUGCCAUUAUGAACAAAAACUCAGCAGAUGUGAAAGGCUGUACCAUGUAUGUCGCCUUGUUCCCGUGUAAUGAAUGUGCUAAGCUCAUCAUCCAGGCAGGGAUAAAAGAAGUUAUUUUCAUGUCUGAUAAAUACCACGACAGCAAUGAGACAAGAGCCGCGAGGCUCAUGUUGGAAAUGGCCGGGGUUUCCUUCAGGAAAUUCACACCAAAGUGCAGCCAGAUUGUCAUUGACUUUGAUUCAAUUAACAGCAGACCGAGUCAGACGCUCCAGUGACUUACAUCUCAUUAAAUCUCCAGAAGAUUGGAUUAUCCUCUUCUAAGAAGCUGCUAAUGCCUUUCAUCUUACAGUUACACAUAACUUUUUAAUAGCCGGGACGGCAAAAGUCGACAUCUGAAGAAUGUAAAAGCUCAAAUCUUCCUGACUCGCUCUCCUGUCACGUGGAAUCUGCAUCUGUUGAAACUAUCGAUUUAGGGUGUAAAAUAAAGGAGCUGUGGGUGCGCACGGGGCUGGAGCGGGCCCCUCCCCUCCUGUCCCCUGGUUCGCUGGGACGCUGGUGGCUGCGCAGAAGGGCGCCAGCCGUGCGUCGUCCACUGCGUUUCACAGCCGUUCUUCAACGCCACGUAUGCUGGGAGGACAAACAAAUAACUGUGGCUGUGUGCCUACCGGGAUGAGCAGACGCGCUGAUCUGAACAUCGGGCCCGAAUGAAGCAUCACAUGUAAUGCCCUUGGGGAAAGGAAAGGAGCCACAAGACAGUAGCAUUUAAGUGUUUGCUUUCGAGAGUUGAGGGAGCCCCCAGCCGCCCAGCCGCCCGCCCAAAAGUCCUGGACGGGGUGCGCCUUCGUCCUGGCAGAUGAGUGCAACUGAGCGGGCGUUCUUUCCCCCGCUCUGCUGUCCUGCCUCCCACAGGGCGGCGCCGCGGUGUGCCUCUGCGCGGUGGGGACCUCUGUUGUUCGUGCUUCUUAUUCUGGCUUUGUGGGUGACACAGAGCUCUUACAUUAGUUUAUUUGAGUAAUGAGUCGUUCCCGGGGAAGGCAGCCCGUCGCCCUGCGUCACCCCCAGGUCCACACCCUGCCCGGGGGCGGAGCCCCGCACUGCUGCUGCACGUGCCAGCACGGUUCAUUCCCAGGGCUGCUGUCUACCGUCCUGCAAGUGAAAUGAACGUGAGGAGGUGUCAGUUCCGUCCAGAUCUCUUGGUGACAGGAGCUCACUUGCGCUCCUGGUGCCCUGCCUUCAUUGACACACAUCUCACCUUCCUAAUCACUUCGAUUUGGGGGAUGGGUGGCAGUGCACCUUGUCUUUAAUCUCAUUUCAUUUUUAUUAAAUGUGCUCAGUACCUUCGUUGAGAAAAUGGUUUCUCUAUCCUAAAGAUCAUGACCGUUUUAAAGUGCUCUUACAUCUUUAUGAGUUUUUAUUUUGUCUCUGAGGUUUUGGAUUCCAUAUUCUGGGGCAUGUCAUUUCUGUGUUGUCUGUGAAGCACACUUGCACGUGUUUUAAUGCUCAGAGAACAGUUUGGGGCACGGAUGCCAUGUGCCUUCCCCAGGGCUGAAGGGCGAUGCGUCUCUAUGGACCAGAUUGAAGAUGUCCGGGAAGGCUCUCUUCCCUCUCUCUCUCCAUCGUGCCCUGCUCCUGUCUCAGGUCUGGCCAUCUGAUCUGACAGGUCGUCUCCACCACCCAAUAGGUCCCAGGCCUCCUCCCUCCCAUAAUCCUCCAGUCUCCAGUGCUGGCUUAUCUGCUGCUUUCCUACCGUAUUCUUCUCUAAAUCUCCUUUUCUCGCCUCAAAUUUUUUCUCUCUUAUCUCCUCCAAACCCCCUGCCCUCUGCUCUAAAAUGCAUAAAACAAAAACAAAAGGUAUAUAGAAGCAAGAAAUCAGUAAAGAUAUUUAAAGAUAGAAAAUAUGUUGGAUUUUUGUGUUGCUGUGAAUGAGUUGUGAGCCCUUUCAGCAAGGAAUGUGUCAUUGUUUAUGUCACAUUCGUAAAUAUGUCUAGGGGCUAGUGCCCUGUACAGUCAGCCCUCUGUGUUUACGGAUUUCUGCAUCUGUGGAUUCAACCAACCUCACAUCGAAAAUGUUCAGAAAAAAGUUCCAGAAAGUUCCAAAAAGCAAAACUCGGGUUUGCCGUGCACCUCACAGGCAGAUACUGCGUGUUUUACGUAUUGGAGGUCAGUUGCAGCCCUUCUUGAAGCAAGUCUCUCAGCGCCAUUUUUUCAGCAGCAUCUGCACACUUCAUGUCUCUGCGUCACAUUUUGAUAAUUCUCACAAUAUUUUAAACUUUUUCUUUACUAAGUUUAUUACGGUGAUCAGUGAUCUUUGAGGUUUUACCGUUGCAAAAAGAUUAUACGACUCCCUGAAGGUUCUGAUGAUGGUUCGCAUUUUUUAGCAAUAAAGUAUUCUUUGACUAA